AUUUCGGACAACUGUCAAAUUUAUUUGCCCAAUCUGUCAAAAAAAUCGUAAACAGAAUCUGCAUUUUUGCGGCUAAUUAUGAUAACGUAGCGAUUGUGCAAGUAGCCGAAGAACUGAUAAUUUUCGUCGCCGGACGUCCGUGUAAAAAUGUCGCCCACAGACGUAACCACUGAUGGGUUUUUAGCGCCUUUGUUAUCCCAUUAGAACACUAUGGUUUUUGGCACAAAAAACGCAUUAAUGGGCACGAGGAAAUGGAUUCUGGCAGUUUUGGCUCGUCUUUAACCAAAACCCAACGCUUGAUUUUAGGUUCGUUCGUGCUUAUUUUAGUCGACGUGAUUUGGGUUGCUUCCUCGGAGCUUACAAAGUUUAUUUACAGCAAUGAGACGUUCGAAAAGCCCUUUUUUUGCACAUAUGUCAAGACCUCAAUGUUCGCAAUCUACUUGCUGGGCUUUUUAUUCUGGCAGCCCUGGAAGGACAAUUGCUCGCGCCCAGCCAACUACAUCCACGUGGACACGGAACAAGAAGACGAGAAUUAUUACAAUGAUACCAACACUACCAACAGCAGACUGAGCAACCCUGUCUACGUCCCGGUGAAAACCCCGGAACUCGACCGGAAUUCGGGCACUGAAAGCGACGACUCCUCCGUUAGGUCUGUCCGUUUUAAUAAGUUGGCCGAAGUGCGGCACAUGUCGGAGACGGACGCCACGGAGGCCCUUCUGGCGCGGCUGUCCUACCAGGCCACUCUGAGGGCCGGGGAAAUUGCCAAAAGGGCCGCUAUUAAGCUUCCAGUGUUGCGAGUGGCGAAAAUUUCGCUCAUUUUUUGCCUUUUGUGGUUUCUAGCCAACUACAGCUACCAAGUAGCUUUAGCUCAAACUGAGGCGGCAAUGGUCAAUGUCCUGUCGUCAACUUCCAGCUUUUUUACUCUAGUUUUAGCCGCUAUUUUUCCUUCCAAUCAGAAUGAUAAGUUCACGUUGUCCAAGUUUCUUGCCGUGUUGCUCAGUCUCUUAGGAACCACUUUGGUGAGCUUUUCGGACAUUUCGCUCGAAUCUAGCGUUCCAUUGGGCGCUUUCCUCUCCCUCUUGAGCGCAUUUUUCUACGCCACUUAUUUAGUUUUCCUCAAGCGCAAAGUGGAUCAUGAGGACAAAAUCGACAUUCCUUUGUUUUUCGGUUUCGUGGGAUUUUUCAAUUUGAUUCUCCUGUGGCCAUGUUUCUUCUUUUUGCACUUUAGCGGACUGGAAGUUUUCGAAUGGCCGUCGAGGCAACAAGUGCUGUUGUUGCUUCUGAAUGGGGUCUUAGGGACCGUUAUCUCGGAGGCUUUAUGGUUAUGGGGUUGUUUUUUGACGUCCUCGCUGAUGGCGACCAUGUCAAUGAGUUUGACUAUUCCGAUGACCAUGUUGAUGGAUGUUUUUUUGAAGAAGAUCGUCUAUCCGUCUCUGUUUUACACAGGGAGUAUUCCUAUGGUGGUGGCGUUUUUUGCCGUCACUUUACUUUCGCAUUACGACAAUUGGGACCCUGUACUCGACGUUAUACGCUGUGCCUAUCUAAGUAUUUGCCGACGAACCAGAUUUAUGCGUUUCAGGUUUGCUGAAAUGCCGUCGGAACAAACCGAAGCCUUGAUUGGUAUUAACAGUAAUGAACAUGAAGCGUAGGUUUAGUUGAUUUUUUCUUGCUGUUUUUAUACCUACUAUGGUGCUUACAAUUUAUGUGAUGAUAAGAUUUUUACUUUGUGAUCUUUUUUAUUUUUAUUAAUUCAUUGUAAAUAUGCGGAGUUAAGGAAGUGUAUUAAACGCACGUAAUACGUUCAAAACAGUAACUAGACAAUAUGUUCUACAAUUAAUUAGUAGUAUUGUAACUCGUUCAACUAGCAUUUCACGAUCUCAUAGGUUUUUCACAACUUUCGAUAAGAAAAAGUCUGUGUAUGCAUUCCAUAGUUCUAAGCCAUAUAUUUUUAAUAUAAUGUGGAAACAUGUGUAACAUAUUUUCUGACAAAAACGUGUUAGAAUGUAAAUAUUAUUGCAGAAUAGAGUAUAUUAUGAACGCA